UCAUGCUGCGAGGCGGGAGGGACAGGGUAAGGCAUCAUACAAUGGACAGGAAGCUGCGGGCUGGAACUGCAGAAGGAAGAUAGAAGGAAAGAAAGGGCCAGAGCUGCGUGGAGCUACUUAUGGGACUGCAACAUAGAAAAGAUGACAUUGCGGUUCUCACCAAGUUCAAGCUAUCGCGGUCAGAAGGGGAAGAAUGCAACGGGCCUGAAACUAUUUCAACUGCAGGAUCAGAAAUCCCAAGCAGCUCUGAGGGCCUAAGCAGCACUGAGACUACUUUACUCAUCCCUGAACAUCAAGGGAUUGAUAAAAGACAUCAAAGCAAAGAUUCUAUUUUCUUCAGGGAUGGUGUCAGGAGAAUUGAUUUUGUUCUCUCCUAUGUGGAUGAUCUUAAUAAAGAAUGGGAAAAAAAGUUGGAAAGGAGAAAGGAAUUUGAGAGCAACCUGCAAAAGGCUGGUUUGGAGCUGGAAACAGAAGACAAGAAGGAAUCUGAAGACGGCAAGAUUUUUUUUGUGAAGAUCCAUGCGCCGUGGGAGGUUCUGAUCACCUAUGCAGAAGUGCUGAACAUUAAAGUCCCCAUCAGGGAAAAUGACAUUCCCUCCACGGUAGAGAACCCCCUGGACUGUGUGCUUUUCCCACUCAGGCUGCCCGAGAAGGUGAUGCACCCCGAACCGGAUUAUUUCACAGCCCCCUUCAGCAAGGACAAGCAGGAGCUGUACCUCAUUAAUGAUGAGAGCACUUUCUUCUCACCUUCCAUGAGAAACAGAAUAGUUAAUUAUAUUCUUACACGUUGCCCAUAUGGAACAGAAGAAGGGAAGAAAAAAUUUGGGAUUAAGAGGCUGCUGAACAAUGGCACCUAUACAGCUGCAUAUCCUCUUCAUGAUUGCCAGUACUGGAAGAAGGCCAGUGACCCAAACUGUGACAGUGAGAGGUACACGCUCUACAUGGAGUGGGCACGCUUCCUGCGCUUCUACAAGGAGCAGCCCUUGGACCUGAUCAGAAAGUACUAUGGUGAGAAGAUUGGGAUCUAUUUUGCCUGGCUAGGAUUUUACACCGAGAUGUUAUUCCUUGCAGCAGUUGUUGGCUUAAUCUGUUUUCUUUAUGGCUUGUUUACAAUGGAUGAAAAUAUGAGCAGCAAAGAAAUCUGUGACCCUUCAAUUGGAGGAGAGAUCAUCAUGUGCCCACUUUGUGACCGAGACUGCGAGUACUGGCGGCUGAACACCACGUGCGAGUCCUCCCAGUAUUCCCAUUUGUUUGACAACGUGGCAACUCUCUUCUUUGCCAUUUUCAUGGGUAUAUGGGUUACACUUUUCUUGGAGUUUUGGAAGAGGCGGCAAGCAAGACUGAAAUAUGAAUGGGAUUUGGUUGAUUUUGAAGAGGAACAGCAACAGCUCCAGCUGAGGCCUGAGUACGAGGCCAAAUGUACCCAAAAGAAGAGGAAUCCUGUAACUCAGGAGAUGGAGCCUUAUUUGCCUUUAACUAGCCAGGCCGUGCGAUUCUGUGUCUCUGGAGCCACAGUGUUGUUCUGGGUGUCCCUGAUCAUAGCCAGCAUGAUAGCCGUGAUCGUGUACCGCCUGGCAGUGUACGCCGCCUUCGCCAGCCUCAUGGAGAACACGCAGACCCUGCAGCCCAUCAGCGGCCUGCUCACCCCUCAGCUGGCCACCUCCGUCACGGCCUCCUGCCUCAACUUCGUCAUCAUCAUGAUCCUCAACUUCUUCUACGAGAGAAUAGCCAUCUGGAUCACUGACAUGGAGAUCCCCAGAACUCAUAUGGAGUAUGAGAACAGGCUCACUAUGAAAAUGUUUUUGUUCCAGUUUGUCAACUACUAUUCAUCCUGCUUCUAUGUGGCCUUCUUCAAAGGGAAGUUUGUUGGUUACCCAGGUGCCUACACAUACAUGUUUAAUCGCUGGAGAAAUGAAGAGUGUGAUCCUGCAGGCUGCUUGAUAGAACUGACGACACAGCUCACCAUAGUGAUGGCUGGCAAACAGAUCUGGGGAAAUAUCCAGGAGGCUAUCGUUCCCUGGAUUUGUAACUGGUGGGGUCGUCGGAAAGCCAGGAAUAAUCCUGAAAAUUUAUACAGUCGCUGGGAGCAAGACCAUGAUCUGCAGAUAUUCGGAGCCUUAGGCCUGUUCUAUGAAUAUUUAGAAAUGGUCAUUCAGUUUGGAUUCAUUACCCUCUUUGUGGCAUCCUUUCCCCUGGCUCCCCUUCUUGCUCUGAUGAAUAAUAUCCUGGAGAUCCGUGUGGACUCCUGGAAGUUAACCACUCAGUACAGGAGGCCUGUGGCUGCCAAAGCUCACAGCAUCGGGGUGUGGCAGGAAAUCCUCAACGGGAUGGCCAUCCUGUCUGUUGUCACUAACGCUUUUAUUGUUGCGUUCACGUCAGAUAUGAUCCCUCGUUUAGUUUACUACUAUGCUUAUUCUGAAAAUGAAGACUCACCAAUGUCUGGAUACAUAAACAACAGUUUGUCAGUGUUUCAAAUCUCAGAUUUUCCUGAGAGAAAUGAACCUAAAGAGAAUCCAGAAAACUUUGUUAUAUGCAGGUACAGAGACUAUCGAUACCCUCCAGAUCAUGAGAAGAAAUACUUACACACCAUGCAGUUCUGGCACAUUCUCGCUGCAAAACUGGCCUUUAUAAUUAUUAUGGAGCAUGUUGUAUUCAUCGUCAAAUUCUUUGUGGCAUGGAUGAUCCCUGAUGUUCCUGCAGAUGUGAAAGCCAAAAUAAAACGUGAGAAGUAUUUAACACAAAAAAUCCUACAUGAGUAUGAACUUGAGAAACUGAAGGAGAGACUGUGCCAAGGUGAUAAAGGAGCCACAGAAAAGGAGUUCAUCGCCACGGAAGGGAGAAUGGAGCUAUCCAGAGCAAUGUAGCCAAAACCCAGCCGUGUUGGGUUUAGGUCGUUUCAGCUUCUUCUAUCUGUGGUUUGCUCAGUAUGCAUCAUGUUGAAAGCUGCAGGAGCGUUCAACCCUUCUCUCUCAAUCCAAAGAUUUUAAAGUUUUCUUUAAGAGUUUUACUGAGCUUUCAAUGUUGACGAAAUCUAUUCAACUGUAUGAUUUCAGUACUGGUUUUUAUUUACCCAUGACUUUGAAUAGGAAAUGUAAUCUUGUAAUCCUGGAAUUCUGGCUCCUGGUGUGGGGACUGUUAACUCAAAGGGCUCACAGGACACAAUAAGGUCAUUUACCACCAAGCCCUCUCCCUGUUGCUAAUUGCAGCAUUCCGGGCUGUAUCCCAGCUGACUGAAAAGGAUACCACAGAGAACCACUGCUGUGGAAAAGGCUGAAAAUUAUUAUUUUUGUUAUGUGAUAACUUAAAUAGAACACUCCUGAUAUAAGGGUUAAGGUUUGGGACUUUUUUUAUAUUCACUAUGUCUUAACGAAACAUUGGUUUGAACUUCUGUACAUCUUGUGGAGGGAGCUGAUUUUUAGAGCUAUAUUGGCUUAAUUCCACUUGGAAUUAUUUGUAGGCACAAAAUUCAGUAAAAACAUACUAGUGAAGGGAAAAAAGAAGCCAUAAUUUAUUUUCAUAAAGAUACUUUUUAUGGAAGAGUUUACUCUCUAAAUGCAGAUAUUGUGGAAUCACCUAAAUGCAGUGGGGUUUGAAAAGCUGUAUAUGAUUUGGAGAGUAACAGUUAUUUAAUUUCUCAUGCUCAAAAACAACCGUUGGAAGAUUGUUCGAGAUUGGUUUUGGCCAAAGCUGCUGGUUUGUUUAUUUAUUUCCUUGUUUGGAUUCUCAAUGAAUGCCAGCAAAGGGCUGAAGCUGUGUCUGUCCUCGAUGCAUCCUUUGGAGUGUGCCUGCGCUCCAUGGCACUGGAUGGGGAGCUGGACCACCAUACCAGUUGGUUUAGCUGAAUGGUUUGGUCUUGGACUUCUAUCCAAAAGAUUUUAAGCAUGCCAAAUAAUCUGUAUUUAUGCUGUUAUUAUCCUUAUACAUAGUAUCUUGAGGCUUGGGCGUUGUUCUGGGUUGUUGUUUUUUUUUUUUUUCCUUUUUAAUCUUUGGGAAGGAUUUUUUUUUCUUUUUUGUUAGGUGGCUUUUCUACAAAGUUAAUGAGUUUAUAAAUAUAUAAUAACUAUUUGUGCCAAGUAGUUUCCAGCUGUUUCAGAACGUGCCCGAAUUUUCUCCCUCAUUGAAGCAGGUAGGCCUUCUUAUGAUCUUGCUGUAUAUUUAAAACAUAUCAACGCUUCCGUGCUUAGUGCCUUGUUUCUUUGCGUUUAGCAAGAGGUGUGAAAAUGAUCUCUGCAGGGCAGUGCCUAUUUCCAGAAUGUGCUUGCAGGCAUCAGGGUACUGUGAGCCUGCAGACAGUGCUGUUCAGUGUUACCACACCCUGCCUGCCUUGGCACACUUUGUUUCGGUGCCACGUGGACUGCUGGAGAGCAGUUUGUGCCCGGACUGCAGACUGUUGUAACACCAACACGAUUCAGCUCUCUCACGCUGAAUACACAAGGUAGACAAGAUUAGAGAAUUCUGCUCUAUUUGCACUUUGAAAGUCAUACUUCCUCGCAAGUAUUGACGUCAAAAUUGAGAUUUGUGUUCUGUAUCAGCUGAUACAUACUGUCCCCACAGCGUGGGGCAGGUUGUUUUAGCAAACCUCGCCUGUGCCUAGGAGUACUUGGUGAGUGACCUCGAUGUUGUGACAGUUUAAAUCAGUGUCCUGAGUGGAGCUGUUGUCUUCAGCAGAAGGAUUGGUAGGAGGUGCCUCCCUGGAGCGCACAUCAUCACAGCUUGGCUGCCGGUUGAGGCGUCGAUGCCGAUGUACAUUUCUCGUUACUGUAAGUUAUUCACCUUCGUUCUCUGAGGUUGCUUGAUCGAUCAAGCGCUUUGGCAAUUUAUGUUCGUGAUGAACCGGUCGUGUUCUUGAAUAUUCAGAUAUGUUUGAAGUAAUGGAUCUGUCGGAGGAAUGCAUGUGUAAAUAAAUCAGCUCUGCUGCUUAAUGUGUAAGCCAAAGAAGAGUAUCGGCCACCAGUCGUAAUCACAUAUCAAACACCACAAUUUGCACAAUGAAAGCACUGUGCUGCAUCUUGCACAUAGACUGUUAAUUAAACUGCUCAAUUUAGAUGCCGUGGGUUACUUACUGUUUGCAGUGCAAACAGAUGCUUCUAACAGAAAGGUUGAUGCGAUGCAAAAGGAUAUAUUUCUGUGCAAAAUGUACAACCUGACUGAAGCUGAAAACAUUUGGAAAUUCAGCGUUAGAUGCACUAUUUCUGUUUAUGGGAGAUUAGUUUCUUCAAGUAAUAAAGUGUCCUGAUAUAUUGCCCUUGAGAAGAUAUCAGAAAAGAGGUGUCUUGUGAAUGAACAAUGCUAUUUAAAAGCAAGAUGGAGGAAAAUAAGGAAAUGCUUUUGUUUGGGAUAUAGCAUUGAUGUGCAGGCCCUGAAUCUGAAUUGAUGUUUUGACUCCUAUCUUGUGCUUCCUACAAACUUAUUUUUUAAGAUCACUUGCUAUUUAAUGCAGUACAAACAGAUGUUUUGUAUAUGUUGUAUCAUACAGUACGAAGUGGCAAAACCCCUGGGAUCAGCUUAUUUAGGAAGAAAUACAUAUGUAUCUUAAAAAUAACUCAUUAUACUUCAUAGCUUUGUAUACAGAAACUGUUGAGAAGAGAAUCUGUUGUCAUACUAAAAGCUAAUAUCACAAAAAAAUCAGCCUUGGCACCUUUUUUACGUAAUAGUUUGCCUUGACUUGCCAUUAAGCAGUAUUUUGACCGAAGGUAUCGGUACGGUCGGGUUUGUAAUGGUUCACAUAAGUUUCCUGAAGUGUUCUUGAAAAGCGACAGAAGUGAGGAAAGCCUGGUCAGUUUGGACAUGUGUUGAUUGUUACUGUUGGAAUAUUUCAUUUUGGUGCAAUUCAGUAUCUAAAAGUGUCCUUUAACCAAAGUGAAUGAAGUUCUGUAUUGCAAUUACUGUAAUUUAAGCAACAAUAGGUUGCCUCAUCAGAAUUAGUUACACAAAAAAACUGACCUUACAGGUGUAAUACAAUCAGGGAAAUUUUUUUUAUUAUUUUAUUUUUUUGCAAUUCCAGUUUAGGUUUUUUUUUACCUUGGGCAGGUUUAGUGUGGUAUGUUCUAAGCAAUGGACUGCAAAAGAGGAGUGCUACUAUGAGACACUAUCCUGUUUUUCCUUGAAAUUGUUCUUACUCUGCUUUUACUCAUUUGUGUAACGGUGUCAGUUUGAGGCAACAGAGCUGCGUGCAAAUGGAUGGAGUUUCUGACUAUUUUUCAUGUACCACUUGUUUGACUUGUACUGUCCUGUAAUCUGAGUAGCAUUUUUGUCUGCUGAGUAUGUGGCUGAACUAUAUGAUACACUAAUGUCGGAAUAAUUUUUUUAAACAUUCUGCUAACAUUUAAUAUGCACACUUAUUAAGAUCGAAGUCUAGCAAAUAAAGCUGUGUUCAUUUUUAA